AUGGUCUCCCUACGGCGCAUUGCGGUAGCCACGAGCUCGGCGACCAUCCGACUGACGACCUUUAUGUUUCUGCGAUGGAUCCCUGGCCAUCAUUUUGUGCCUCUUGUUGUUACCUCCCUAGUGGUAUACCUGUCGUCAAUAUUAUCCCUGCUGAAGGACACCCAGCCUCACCAAAGCCAGACGGCUAAAGUUCGAGAGCACAAGUCAGUCUCAAGCAGUGCCAAAGCCGGCGAUUCUGUGCUUAAGACACUGUUAACGGGGCUGCCUUCGGCAAAGUGGCCCCUGUGGACCAGGAUCACAAUAUUGAUCAAUGUCAUCCUGGCACUUUUAACACUUGACUUUUUGACCCGUGGUAUCAUACUUUAUCCUACCACAAAUGUUGCAUUCUCGCGCAUUGGAUAUGUCUCCCCGACCACUGCCAACUUGGUCUUUCGCGAGCCAGACUCCACUCGCCUACCAGUGACGGUCAUGUACCAGGAGAUCUCUCCGCUAAGCCAGGACUGGUACGAAGAGGGCAUUGUUUACAAGCUGGACAACUCCACCGACUUCACUACGACAGUCACCCUAACGGACCUGAAGCCGGCAACAAGAUAUCGAUACUCACUGUCCAACAACAAGUCUGGCACAUUUACCACGGCACCAUCGCCUGAAAGCCGAGAAGCAAACCGACUAUCUUUCGUAACAUCAAGUUGCCUAAAGCCAAACUUUCCUUACAGUUUCCUAUCACACCCACUGCGGGUCCCAGGCAUCGAGCAAAUGACCGACGCCCUCGCAAAAUUGCCUAGGCUCCUGCGUCCAGCAUUCAUGCUCUUCCUAGGCGACUUCAUCUACAUAGACGUCCCCUGGCGCUUCGGCUCAACAAUGUCCCACUACCGCAGCGAGUACAGACGCAUCUACUCCUCCCCCUCCUGGACCCACGGACCAGAAGGCAACCGCGCAAUCGACCUCCCCUGGCUUCACACCCUCGAUGACCACGAGAUCGAAAACGACUGGUCGCACGGUAACAAAACCGCCCCGUACCCAGCAGCAGCAGACCCCUUCAUCCACUACCAUGUGCGAGCAAACCCACCAAUCCCUUCAGCACCCUUCGCCCACCCAGACAACGUAACCUACUUCGCCUUCACGCACGGCCCAGCCUCAUUCUUUAUGCUGGACACACGCACCUACCGCACCGAGCCCUCACAAAAGAACUCAACCAUGCUCGGCCAUGCCCAGCUCCAAUCCCUCCUGGCCUACAUCUCAACCCCAGAGCCAGCAGACACACACUGGAAAAUCAUCUCCUCCAGCGUGCCCUUCACCAAGAACUGGCACGUCGGCACGACAGAUACCUGGGGCGGAUUCCUAGACGAGCGACGCACUGUCUUCGAAGCAAUGUGGCGUGCGGAACGCGAUCUAGGCAUCCGCAUCGUGCUGCUUAGCGGCGAUAGACAUGAAUUCGGUGCGACUAGGUUCCCAGACCCGGAGCUCAAACUAGGCCGCGAUCAGCUUUUGCCGAAUACGGCUGGGUUGGGAGUGCAUGAGUUCAGCGUUGGCCCGUUGAGCAUGUUUUACCUCCCUAUCCGGACAUACCACCAGACAGACUCUGAGGAUGUUAUGGUGAAAUAUGCGCCGAAUGGGAAUAGCAAGUUCGGGCUUAUUGAUAUUUCGGAUGAGGUUGAAGAUAUUGGUUCCAGUGGUGCUGCGCCUGUUCGGGUUCGUAGCUCGGUUCUUAAUUACUCGUUGUAUGUGGAUGGGGAGGUUGUUUGGAGAUAUCGUCUUAGUGUUCCGUUGGACCGAGAUGAAAGUGUUCAUAUCCCGUCUCUGCCGCCGGGCCGUGUGCUCGAGGAUGAUAUUCCGGAUCUUAGUUGGAGUGUGGUGCUUGGGACUGUCAUCGGACGGUUGCCCGAGUUGACCAAGGGGACUGUUGGGAUGGUCAAUGACCUCUACUUUCAAUUUGCCGAUCGAUUCUGGAAAAUUGAGAGACUUGAUUAG